ACGUGUCCCGGAAGCACACACUUUUCCCCCAAAUCGUAGUUGUUGUCCAACUCUUUCAUUGUUUUGUUUUGUUUUGCUUAGUCUUUUUUUGUUUGUUUUAACGCUAUGCUUCCUGCCGCUGCAGUAUUUCAUUUCCCAUGGGAAAUAAUCUCUGGAUCCAUCCAGGAAGGAGAAUCAGUGAGAACAUUUGGCCGACUUGUCAGCUACCAGUCUGAGGAGUCCAGAGCAACACUGUCAGCUCAGCAUGCAUCAAAAGAGCACAACGUGGUUGUCCACACAUUGUUUGUGGAGCCCUUUAACCCAAUAAUUGGGGCCCAGUACAUAGUUCUGGGUGAAACAGAAAAUGCUGAGGGCGUCGGUGUAAUGAUCCGUGCCCGUCUGAUGAACUGUGUUGAUGGUGUAAACAUAGCCCUUUUACAGAAAGCCAUCAAUGAGCAGAGACGAUUCUUCAGAGAGAGGGAGUGUAAGCAGGCUAAAGAUGCACAGCCUGCAGAUGCAAUGUGAUCAGAGUGUUCACUCAUCAUAUUUCUCAUCAAGCUUUGUCAAGGUGCACUGUUUAGUUCAAUGUAAAAUGCACUGGAUUUCUUUUGCUGGUUUAUGUGGUCUAUGUCUGACCAUAACAUGUUUCUGCAUUUUACUCAAAAUAAAUGUUUUGUUGUAGUUAUUUUUUUUUUUUUUACAGAAUUUUUGGUAAAUAAAGAACUGAGAGGUUAUUCUGGAUCUGUGAUUUAUUUCAUUUUUAGUGUGAUCAUUGUGUUCAAUAGUACUGUAUACUAAUAGCUUUUCAGUGAUCUUUUAUAAAGUUUAAACAUUUGUGUUGAAAGUGAUCUGAUGUCAUUCCAAAGAUACUUUGUAAAUCUGUUACAAUAGGUAUGGCAUAUAAGAGUCACAUUAAACUGAUCCAAACUGAACAAUGUAGAAUUACUUCACUUACAUAGAUUAAAAAUUGUAUAGAGAUCUACUAAUACAAAACUCUCCCACUCAGCACUUUCAACUAAUGAGAGUUUAAAAUGGUGUCUUUUUGCUGUUUGUACUUUGCAUUAUAACAUGUGUAUACUAUAUAAGAUUUGGUAUUCCUUCUUCUACCUAACCUAAGUUGCA